GCAAGAUACGGUUCUAGCAAUCAAGUUUAGGGGCCUCUGCUGAUCCUCAACAUGUCCCUCUCACCACCAUUCACGCAGGAAACUGCCCAUGCCAAAGUUAAGAAGGCACAGGAUUUGUGGAACAGCCAAAACCCCACAGAGAUAGCCAAAGCUUACACUCCUGACACUAUCUGGCGCAACCGGUCGUCCUUUCUGACUGGUACUGCAUCGAUUGAGGAGUUCUUGACCAAGAAGUGGGAAAAGGAGAAGAGCUACAAACUACGCAAAGAGCUGUUCGCCUUUACCGACAAUAAAAUCGCAGUCCAGUUCUGGUACGAGUACCAAGAUGCGCACGAUAAUAUGAAGUGGAAGCGAUGCUACGGUCUCGAGGAUUGGACGUUCGCAGAGGACGGAAAGAUGCGCAAGCGACACAUGAGCGGCAACGAUAUCGAUAUUGACGAAGCCACGCGAUGGUUCGAAGACGGUGUAGAUGUCAAUAUAGUCGAUAUUAGCGAGGCUCACGGGUAACUCGUACUGUGCUAUACAAGGUAGUUGGGUAUCGUAACGCUUGCAGAAAUAUGAAAUGUAUGCGUGAAUUCAUUGCCUCUCCUAGGCCGGAGGCGUAUCGUGUAUGGCGACGAGAAUGAACUUGGGGUCUAGUCAUAGGUUAGCGAUUGCCCCGCAGUCGUGGAAGUAGCGGAC